AGGCACGGUGCUCUUCUUAUCUCAAGAGACAUAGCUGAUGGUUUUAAUUAAAUGGUGGCUUCUUACUGGCAUCAAACAUAAACUCUGAUGUGAGCCCAGUUUAAUUAAAGGUCAGUUUCCUUCACUCUGCAGUUUUGAGACACCCAGUGCCAAAGAAGUGCGUGGUAUAAUUAUGAAUAAAAUACAUUCUGCUGAAGGACGUGGUAGUAUUAGAAGCAGUUUCAUUAAGGAAAUGAUUAAUCAUAUUUUUGAUUCUCUCAUAUGUUUAGUUUCUUUUCAACAUGGUGUUAUCCCACAGGAUUUUAAAUUUAUUUGAGAACAACAUCCUUUAUAACCACCGAUAUGGAUUUCGGAAGAAACACUGAACUGCAGCUUGUCAACAAUAUUUCUGCUUUAGAUGAUUAAGAAAUUGUGCUAGGUGUCUUUUUAGAUUUGACCAAAACCUUUGAUAAUCAUGAAACUUUUAUUCCAAACGUAAUGAAUAUGGUGUGCACGAUGUAGGUUUCACUGCUCUCCAUUCAAACCCGUAUAGUUGUUUUGUCCAUUAACUUUACUGUCUAUGGUAAACAAAGCAGGAUGUCAAAUAUAAAAUAAAAGAAGGGGGGAAAAAACCCCAGAUGAUGUCAUAGUGAUGUCAUCCGGGUUUGGUCAGUUUGGGAUUGGAAAUGUCCUGGUAUUUAACAAAGUCUGCAUUACAAACUGGGGGUGUGCAGGUUUGAAAGAUGUAGGCAUUUAUCAAACAUCAAGGGUCUAAUGAAAAGUCUCCAUCAGGUUGCAUUCUGGCAAGUGUAGGAUUUAAUGUUUUUGGAGCUUGAACCUUAUGAAGGACUAAAGGUCAGGAUAUCUCUGCAUGUCCUGCUUUGAUUUUGACCUGUCUGUGAACAAGUCCCCAAACUAUGUGCAAGUGCAAUACAAAAUGUGCUUUUGUACCACUGUAAGAUUCCCCCUGACUCUUUGCACGUGAAACAGAUUAUUUAAAAUAAUGCAAUGCAUUUAAUGGCACUCUCUGAGUACCAGUGCUGCAUAUAUGUCAUCUUUACCUGCUCUAUCCACCUAAUUAGCUGGAUCAGGUGUGUUUGGGUGUGAACAGCGAAGGGAGAGAUGGAAAAUGUGAUGCAGUGUUGGGGCUCUCUGGGACAAGUAGUUGGAGCCACUGGAAGUCAUUGCUUUUAAUGUGUGCAACCCCCUGGACUGUAUGUUUGAGUGCUUAGGUGCGAAUACACUGUUAGCAUAUCAACAGGGGUUCAGGAGCUGAAGAAGGUGGAAGUGUAGCAGCCCACGUCCGUCCAUUUCUUCUGAACAGGGACACGUGAGUUUGUCGCCGCCUGGUGGCCACGCAGAGGGAAAGCGCAGUGCAAGGAGGGGGAGAGAGAGCGAGAGAGAGAGGGAAGGCAGAGCUCAGAGCAUGUCGCCUCCUGUUGCUGCACCUCACUGUGGGAUCUGCUGUCGACCUUUCAGACUGUACACAUGAACGCAGAAAGAUUUUUUUACGCGUUUACUCGCUAUGUGCGACCCGGACAUUUGACGGAGUGAAGCAGCACAGCGUCUGCUCUGUCUGGUGGAGGGGGGAAGAAACCAGGUUUGUCUUCUUUGCGGUUUUUUUUUUUUUUGACAACUUGGCAGACAAGUCGCUUUCUGCUGCUGGAGGUGGUGGUUUGUUCAAAGCUGUUUGCAGAGAAAGUGUGAAACAAGUGUCAGAAAGAGAGCAACAGAUGUUUGUCGUGGAUAUGCGGCCGGCUGAGGAAUGAGGGCAACAGCGAGGCACCGGCGGCCCUUCCAGCGGUUCUGCUGCUGUGGAGUCGGGCUGGUCGCCGUCAUUUGGCUCGCUCAGGUCAUCCAGGCUCCAGAGACCGAGUCUUCUGGGUUUCGGCCAGGCGUGAACGAUGGUACGCUGCGAUGGACUCGCAGGCUGAUGCAGGAGAAGUCAGACAACCAGAGCCUGGAUCAGCCCCGAGCAGCCAUCCAUGAGUUUCCAGAGGACAUCUUUACCAAGGAGCAGAGGAAGAAGGGGGCUGUGAUUCUGCAUGCACUCUGUGCCAUCUACAUGUUCUACGCUCUGGCCAUCAUCUGUGAUGACUACUUUGUCCCCUCCCUUGAGAAAAUAUCUGAGAACCUACAGCUCAGUGAAGAUGUGGCCGGGGCGACAUUUAUGGCCGCAGGAAGCUCUGCUCCAGAGCUUUUCACCUCUCUCAUUGCUGUCUUCAUCACUAAGGGAGAUGUCGGAGUCGGCACGAUUGUUGGCUCGGCUGUCUUCAACAUCCUAGUCAUCAUCGGUCUGAGUGGGAUCUUUGCAGGCCAGACAGUGGUUCUAACAUGGUGGCCCUUGUUCAGAGAUUCCUCCUACUACAUCCUCUCUGUACUGACUCUGAUCAUGGUUAUCUAUGAUGCCACAGUUGUCUGGUGGGAGUCCUUGCUCCUCAUGACCAUGUAUGGAAUCUACAUUAUAAUUAUGAAGUUCAACACCCAGAUCCUGACAUUUGUGACGCACAAGCUCAGUAGCUCCAGACUGUGCUGCCCCGGAUCAGAGGAUCACAUAGACGACAAGAUGGGAGAGGAUGCCUCCGCUUGCAACACCUCCAUGGUGCUUCUCAACAAAGGCCAAGCCAAUGGUCAGGAGCCUCCUCCAGUCGUCAUGGUAGAUGAGCUUCUCAUCCUCCACCCCCACAAACUGUCCUUCUCUGAGGCUGGCCUGCGCAUCAUGAUCACCCCCCACUUCUCCCCCCGCACAAGGCUCUCCAUGGCAGGCCGCGUGCUCAUCAGUGAGAGACAGAGGCUGAUCCAGAGUUCGAACAACCAGCGGGACGGUGAGGCCGGCACCGGCUCACGAGGGGGAUCAAACAGCAACAGCCUGAAGAGGACGGGCUCCUGCAGCCUGGAGAACGGAGGCAGGGGACCCGGGUUGGGAGACGCAGAGUCACGAGACAAGCCAGGGGUUGAGGUUUGCCAGCAAGAGGGGGAGGAGGAUGAUGAAGACGGGAUAUUCAGUCCCGUGCGUAUACCAGGUAGCUGCUGUGCGCGGGUGAAGUGGGUGAUCACGUGGCCUCUGGGCCUCCUGCUCUAUUGCACCGUGCCUAACUGUAUUCUGCCACGCUGGCACCGCUGGUUCAUGGUCACAUUUGUGGCCUCCACCCUGUGGAUCGCCGUCUUCUCCUACCUCAUGGUGUGGAUGGUCACCAUCAUCAGCUUCACACUAGACAUCCCAGACUACAUCAUGGGCAUAACCUUCCUGGCAGCAGGGACCAGCGUGCCAGACUGCAUGGCAAGUCUGAUUGUAGCUCGACAAGGCAUGGGGGACAUGGCAGUGUCUAACUCCAUAGGCAGCAAUAUCUUUGACAUCCUGCUGGGUUUGGGUUUCCCUUGGGCUUUGCGUACCCUUGUGGUGGACCACGGAUCAUCAGUCUCCAUAAAUAAUAAAGGACUGGUGUAUUCUGUCAUCCUGCUGCUGGCGUCUGUGUUUUUGACGGUGACUAGUGUUCAUCUGAACCACUGGAGGCUGGAUCGCCGGCUGGGUCUGGGUCUGUUGUUUCUCUAUGCCAUCUUCCUGCUCUGCUCCAUCCUCUUCGGGCAGAUGUGAGACCUUAAGGUCAAAGGUCAACCCUGUCAGACAACAUGCUGAGUAUCUACCUUUCUAACACGUCUUCUUUCCUGAAGCCAAAAAAAAGAGUGACAGCGCUGUUGUGUUCCCUGUGAGAGUUUCUGUGCACCUCUGUAGGAUUCGCUAGGGUGAUGCUGUACACAUGCAAUUACACAAACACACACAGUCUUUUAUCAAUAGCACAAUUUCUUUUUCUCCUUUUUGUACAGUGCAGUGUUUGAAAGCAAACUGUCUUUUAGGUAUCAUAUUGGGUGACUUACCAAAAAAUGUAACGCAGAUGAAGCAGCAGGUUUGUUGGGCCUUUAGUAACACUAUGAAGCAGGAAGUGAGGAAAAAGUAAUUAUUCUGGUCCUAGUUAGCUAGAUUGACUGUAAUUGAGCUUUCCACCCCGGAACAACUUUGGCAUGAUAUUUUUAUGCAUGUUUUAUCAUUCCUUGCCAAAAACAAAGAGGUUUUAUGAGCGGUCACCUCCCACUAAAACAAAAAACUAUCUUAGUUAUCUUAUGAAGUACACUGGCUAACACGCUACAUAUCUAAGCUGCUUCUGCUUGAUAAUUAUUUUGUGAAUGAAUGAUGUGUUGUCACUACUUCAUUAAAGCAAUAAGCCAUUAGAAGUUUCGAUUUACAUUCAUUGUACAGGCUUUAAUUGUAUAGCUUUAAUAAUCUAUAAAUAAAACAUAACACCCUUUUACUUGUUCACAAACGUAGAUUACGCACAUCACAUUACCCGCUAAUAUCCCAAGCAGUGAGCAUUAGUGAACAAGUAUGACACAAGAUCUCAUCCUUCCGGGGACCGUUGCUUUCUCCCUACUCUAUUAAUUUAUUUAUUUAUAUUUUUAAUGUUCUGAAAGCUGCUUAAACUGAGCAAAUUAAUUACAGGAUAAUUGGCUAAUUGAUUUCCUGUACAACACAGCAAACAAAAGUAAUUUUUAAUGGAGAGUAAGUUUAUUAGCUGGUAUCUUCUCUGCUGCUGUAUCCCCAUCAGUUUCUUUGGGUGAGCAGUGUUUAAUAGUGUAUAUUUCUGGCAACACUACUCAAACAGUUUCAGCAGGAUAUACAGGUUCCAGACAGCUGCAGUUGUGACUUACAGCAGGGGAAGUUAAGCAUUAAAAUGAGACUACCCAAUAAAAAUCCAAGUGGGCUAAAGUACAGAACAAAUUGUUUGACAAGAGAGAGAAAUCAAUAAAUCUGAUAUUCUAUAUAUAUAUAUAAACCUGGAUUUUUUUCUUCUGAAGAUUUCACAGAUGUAAAAAAAAAAAAAUGGUUCUUUAAUCUGCUAUGUUAUACUUGGGCCUAUUGUUAAAGAUAAAAAAAUAAAAAAAAUAGAUUUAUAUUGUCUGUUGGCCUUAGUUUUGAAUAAUUCUGUAUGUUUUGAAUGUACGCCGUAGCUGACUUUACGAUUAGUGUGGAAAUAUUUACAUGCAUUCAAAUGUAGCAGGCGGCACUGAAUUACAGCGAAGAACCUCUGAACAGACGAUUAAGUACUUUAUUCCUAUUAUAAAGGACACCAUAUAUGUCAGAAGACUUGUAGAAUAGAAACAUUGAUGAAAUGAAAAUGCACAUUAUUGUGUCAAUAUCUUGACAAUUUUGCCUCACUGCUUCUAAGCAAGUAUUGGUACAGCAUAAUGUACAUAAAGAGAUUAACCUAGUGUUACAGUAUUUUUAGAGGUCUUAUUACUAUGAAAUCUAAUAUAUAAUGUUCUUCUAUGAGUGUCACAAACUUUGAUGACUUUGAGUGCAGGUUAGUUGUAAUACUUCACAUUUAGGUACGACAAUCGGUGUUUGUAUUGUUUCUUGUACAUUUUAUGAGAUUAUUUCUCUUUGGUGGAACAUUUUUGCACACUCAGAUCAGGACAGAAACUGCACAGUAUAUAUCCACACACACACACGGUAUUUGUGUGUGUGGUAUGGCAAAUAAUGCAGCAAUAUUCCAUAUCCAUAUAUAUAUACUGCUCCUUUGUCCUAAUAUGAAAAUUAGAAAAACACAACAAUUUGGACUCAUUCAGAUAAUGCGAUGAAUUCAAAACUAAAUAUUCCACCAAAGGGAUCUUGGCAAAUAUUUUUGUCUUUUUAUUUUCUAAAAUGGCUGUAUAAUUAUUAUAAAUGUCUACUUGACAAUACUUUUUACUGUUUGUAAAUGUGAAAUAAUUGACAUAGUUUUACAAUAAUGAAUGUCUGACAGAGACUAGUUUUGUGGUGUUUUUGAUAUUUUUAACAAAAUACAUAAUAUAAGCCUAUUUGUGAAUUAUUGUAACAGAAUGAAUGCAUAUUUUAUCAGUUUGUUUAGUGGAAUAUGAAGGCUAUAAUGUGUUAUGAAUUCAGUUGCAGUUGUGUCUUAAAAUCUUCAGCACCAUAAGAAUGUCUUUAAUUUCAGUAUCAUGAUUCAUGACACACUCGACCUUAUUUCAUGCAAGGGAGCACACGGAAAAUGAAGCAACCGUUUACAGGUUUAAAUUAAGUAAAACAUGUUUAAAAGAAUCGCUUGUGUAUUCAAAUAUUUUCAUGUUCUUAUGCUAACCUUUUUAAAGACAUUUCAGUGUACCUUGUAGAUCAUUUCUUAUCAAAAUGGUGAAGAAAUACCACUUAAAUUAAAUAGUGUUUAUCACCAUUUAUUCUUUUAGCUACAGCUUCAAAGUGUCAUUACAUUUAAACAUAUUUGAUCAGAUCUGCUUAAAUGUCAUGCCAGGAGUUUUAAAACCAGAUCCCAUCAACGCAUCUUAAUUGGUGAUGGAUACUGUUUAAAUGUCAGAGCAAUAGUGAUAAUUAUCCUAUCAAUGCCCAUGUCCUAAAUAUAAAAACACAGAAGAUACACUUUAGUACUUAUAGGUAGCUUGUUAAAAGCUACAGUAGGUAUACUGUAUCUCCAGAAAAAUUAGUGCUGAAACAAUUAGUCGAGUAAUUGUUUAGUUGAUCGACAAUGAAUCAAUUAAUGGAUCAAAUAAUUGUGUGAGUCUCACUUAAAAGUUACAGCUUUUCAAAUGGGAAGAUCUGCUACUUUUCUCUUCGGGAUAGCUAGUAAAGCUGAACAGCCGCCAUGCCGCCUUUGGGAAAUGUUUCAGUUUUCUGCCAUUUUCUGGACUGCAGUCGAUAGGUGAACUGUUCCCUCAUCUUACGUUUGUGGGGUUUUUCUUGCAUUUCCUGAUGUUGAAACUGUCUCUUCAUAUCCUUACUAUCUUCAUACUUGUUAAACAUCCUCAACCAUCGGUAACUAAUUGUGUUUUGCUAGGAGAUGAUUUACAGCAGUUUGUGAUGUGAACGUGUUCUUUUCACUCCGCUGUUGGGAGUCUAUGCUGUAAACUCUUGUAUUCAACUCCAGUAAUAAUCCCAGUACACUAGUCAUAGCUAUGGAGAGACACACCAGCAUCAAACCAAACAGUUGAACUCCAGUACUUGAUGUGGUUUCACAGCACUCAAAGAAUGUCUUGUUUAUUCUGCUGUGAUGUUUGGAGGUAGAAGAUAUUUUAGAGUUGAAAUGUAUUGCUUAGAGGUUGUGUUGGAUCCUAGAAGACUGUUGUAUCUUGAGUCCAAUAAAAAACUGUGCAAUAACGA